AUGUCCACCAUUGCUGGUGAGAAUGUCGAUGACAUUGGGCCCCAGAUCAACGGCGUCAGCUGGGCUUUAACUGGCGUGGCCGGCGUCUUCCUCGGGACUCGAAUCUAUAUCAGAUUGACCGCCGGCCGUCGCAGCUUGUGGUGGGAUGACUACUUCCUCCUAGCAUCUUGGUUGUUCUUGGUCGUGGAUGCUUCGCUCUCGACCUAUGGCGUACAUCUGGGGUUCGGAAAACACCAGGAGGUUGUUCCUAUGGAAACUGUCUUCGACCUAGUUCUGAUAGCGAGCGUAUCGACCGUCUUCACGCUACUCGCCGCAGCAUGGUCCAAGACCUCAUUCGCGAUCACGCUACUACAACUCACCCGUGGCCCAGCGAAGGCGGGCGUCUGGGCAAUCAUCAUAUCCAUGAACCUGAUGUUCAUUGUCAAUGCCAUCCUUCCCUUUGCCCAAUGUGUGCCAACUCAGAAAGUCUGGAGUAUCGUUACGGCUGCCUAUUCGGCGACCAUGGAUUGGAUAUUGGCCAUCAUGGCAUGGGCAAUCAUAUGGAGAUUGAAUAUGAAGCUGAAAGAGAAGGUUGGAGUGGCUAUCUGUAUGAGCCUCGGCAUCGUCGCCGGCGCAACAUCGAUACUCCGCUGCAUCAAGAUCAAACUGGUCGAGGAAGACGACUUCACGUACCGGUCGGGUGAGCUGGCCAUCUGGACCGUGGCCGAGAUCGCCACGACCAUCAUGGCGGCCUCGAUCCCGGUACUGCGCGUGCACGUGCGCAAGAUCGUCACCGUCCACGCCGACGUCGCCGCCACCACGAGCAACCAUCCCGGGAACGACACCUACAACAACCCGUACCACCGGUCCGCGGCCGACGGCACCUUCCUGCGCAACCUGCGCAUCGCGUCCAAGGGCAGCGAGCACCGCACCGUCAUCACCAGCGGGCACCGCAGCUCGACGGGGGCGCGGUCGGGCUACUCUGGCGGUGGGGGCAGCAGGAGGGGCCGGCUGAGCCGGGACAGGCGGCGGACGAGGCGGGCGACGGGGAGCCUCGCCGGGGGGCUCGGGCCCGAGACCACGGGCCGCAUCGUCAAGGUCGACACGGUCGUCGUCGACUACGGCGAGCGGCGCAGCUCGGACGAGGACACCAGCACGCUCGUGGGCGACCGGGCGUCGUCGACGCUGCGGCGCGCCAGCAUCGAGCUCGAGGACAUGCCGGACCUGCCCAUGUACGGGGCGCUUGGGGACCUCAAGUGA